AUAUAACUGUUUUGAGUUUUUCAAAUCACAAAAAUAGGCCAGUGGGCGAGCUCGCGCUGUCCUCCCGCCUCCGCCAAUCAGUGCGGGUUAAAUGAGGGACAUCCCCGCUGGCCAAUGAGGAGCCGUGCUGCCGGCGGGGGGCGGAGCUUGUGGUCCCGUUCGGAGAAAGUGCCACGCGACUGAGCAGCAGCUGCAGACUCCGCUGAGACUUCCUGUCAGACACUCUGAUCAGUCAUGGACGUCUCCGACCCGCAAACUCUGGGCUUCAUGGUCUUUGGAGGCUUCAUGGUCAUCUCGGCGGUGGCCAUCGUCCUCGUCUCCACGCUGUCCAUGAAGGAGACGUCGUACGAGGAGGCGCUGGCCAAACAGCGGCGCCAGCUCGUCCACGCUCAGACCCAGAGAGGAGAGAAGAAGAAGAAGGACAAGAUCUCAGAGAAGAAAAGCAAAGCCAAGAAGAAGGAGGACCGGCAGGACGGGAAACCCUCUGAACCAGGCAGCGACGGCGGCGAGGAGCCGGUGGUGGUGACCUGCACCGAGCCGGAAUCUGACCCUGAACCUGCCGCAGAGCCUGAACCCCUACCAACACCUGAACCAGAACCAGAACCGGAACCCGCCACUGCCGAGCCUCCCUCAGCCCCCUCACCAAAGGAGAAGAAGAAGAAGAAGAAGUCGGCCAAGGUGGAGACAGCUGCCGUCAUGGAAACCGUUGCUAAGGAAGUGCUGGUCAUGGCUGUCGCCCCGGUGGUGGACGUCGCUGCGGUGAAUGUCGUCACUGAACCGAUUGCCGCCAAAACUGAAGAACCCAAAGAAACCUCGAGCAAGAAGAAGAAAUCCAAGAACAAACCUGAGACGGCGUCGGUCUCCAGCUCUGCAGACGCCUCCUCGUCGCUGCCGUACGGCGAGCUGAUGUCCGCCGUGUCCAACGUGACGCUCAGCGACGAUGAGACGCACAAACUCAUGGAGGUCCUGAGAAAGAAGACCGGCGACACCUGGCAGCUGGCCAGCCAGAGAGGAGACCCGCUGUCCGCUCUGAAGAAGCAGCUGGAGGAGAAAGAGAAGCUGCUGGCGGCUCAGCAGGAGGACGCCGCCGCCGCCAAGAGUCGCCUCCGAGAGCUCAGCAAGGAACUUGGUGCAGAGAAAUCCAAGAUGGCGUCUUUGGAGGCCCGUCUGAAGGCGGAGCUUGGUGCUCGGGGUCAGGAGGUCGACACCUUGAAGGCCAAAAUGCAGACUGCUGACCAGGAACACCUGAAACAAACCCAGCAGCUCAACCAGAAGAUCGGGAGUCUACAGGAACAGCUGGAGAACGGACCCAACGCCCAGCUGGCCCGACUGCAGCAGGAGAACUCCAUCCUCCGAGAUGCCCUGAACCAGGCGACCAGCCAGGCCGAGAGCAGGCAGAACGCCGAGCUGGCCCGGCUCCGGCAGGACUGCGUCCGUCUGGGUCGCGAGCUGUCCGAGCGCUCUGACGCUCUGCGGGCCGACGAGGAGCGCAGGAUCAGCCUGGAGGCCAAGAUGGCCGCUGCUGAGAAGGAGCUGGCCCAGGUCCAGCUGGUCCAUGCAGACACUGAGCGUGCUCUGCAGCAGCGGCUGCAGGAAGUGUGUUUGGAGCUCGGAGCAUCGCAGCAGGAAGGUGCAGCUGUCAGCGAGCUGCAGGGGGCGCUGGCGUCCAGAGAGACUGAGCUGCAGGAGCUGAAGGCCCAGCUGGAGAGCCAGGCUGCAGUCCAGGUGCUGAGCUCGGCUGAAGUGGAGCAGCUGAAGAACGACGUGCGACGCAGGGACGAGCAGGUCGGCGCUCUGGAGGCGGAGCUCAGCCGGCUGAAGGAGGAGCUACAGCUGAUGACGUCACAGAGACUGAAGGAAGUCGACGUGGAAGCAACAGCAGGCGAUCAGACGCAGAAAGACGGAUCAGGAAGUGAGACAGAGUCCGAGCAGCCGUUUGAAAGUCUGGAGGAAGACUCUCAGCUGCUGCGUCUGGAGGAAGAACUGCAGCAGCUCAGAGAGGAGCUGCAACAGGCCCGUAACCACGGCAACGAGCUGCAGGAGAAAUCGGCGGCGACCGCAGAGCAGAGAGAGGCGGAGCUUAAAGCAGCGCUGACUGAAGCUGAGUCCAGGUUUGCGUCCCUGCGUUCGGACUUCCAGGCGUCGCUGCAAGUUCUGUUCCCGGGUGUCUCUGUGGAGGCGGAGCAGAGUGACUGGUUGGAACUUUUUACCCAGAAAGUUCAGGAGACUAAAAGCCAAGAAGAGAGCCCUCAAUCUGAGCUGCAGUCGAGGCUGAAGGAGGCUGAGGAGAAACAGACUGAGCUGCAGGCGGAGUUUGAUCAGAACAGGAAGCUGCUGCAGGAGACGGAGGCGGAGCUUCAGGCUCUAAAGCGACGCUCUGAAGAAGAAGAAAACAUCUGGAAGAACAAACUGUCUGAGGCUGAGCAGCAGAAGGAACAGGUCCUGGAUCAGCUGAAGCAGCUGGAAGACGAAGUCGCUUCCAAGAGGAUGGAGACAGAAAACACGCAGCAGUUGAAGGAGCAGCUGAUGCUGCUGGAGGCUCAGCUGGAGAAACAGCUGGAGGAGGCCAGCAUCACCCAGAGCUGCAGUGAGGAGCUCGCUCAGGUGCAGUCUCAGCUGCAGCAGGUGAGCAUGCGGCUGCAGUCGGAGCAGGAGCAGCGGCAGCAGCUGGACAAAGAGCUGCAGCAGGCUCGACAGGAAGUGUCGGCGCUGCUGCAGCAGGCGGAGGCUGAACAGACAUCUGCCGCUCCUCCGAAGGAGGUGACAGUGGAGCCGAAGGAGGAGACGUCAGUGUGAAACAACGACCUUAGACCGCCUUCAUCUCCUUCCUGUCUUGUUGCUAUGGUUACAGAGUUGAUGACAUCACACACAUACAGUUAAUGAGACAGUCAGAGCUCGUUACAGACAUACUGUGAACACACAUCCGGAUGGUUUAUCUGUUGUUGAACAUGUCGUCCUGAGAAGCGUCAUGAGGUCACUGGGAUGUCGAUGCUUCAGCAGCUUUACACACAAAUCACAUUUCAGGUCUGAACACCAGAUGUAACAGUGAAGCUUUAUAAAAUGUUGAGUUUUUACUGAACAUCGUCGCGUUUCUGCUGCUCGCUGUGAUGUUUCAGGACAAAUAAAGUUUGAUUCAAAUG